AUCGCAUCAGUACAUGUUUGGCCGCAGUGCAGCCUCGCAUAAAUAAAAAAUAAGAUCAUUUUGUUAUUAUAACCGCGUUAAAUAUGUCGGUCAAAGCAAUUGAUACUUCUUCGAUUCAUCGAAUUUGUUCAGGCCAGGUAAUCUUGGACUUAACAACAGCAGUAAAAGAGCUUGUAGAAAACAGUCUUGAUGCUCAGGCAAAAUCAAUUGAAAUCAGAUUUAAAGAAUAUGGCAUCCAAUCCGUUGAAGUAAUAGACGAUGGGAUAGGAAUUCAUCAUAAUGAUUAUGAAAGCCUAGCUCUCAAGUAUCACACAUCCAAACUAUCUUGCUUUGAAGAUUUAACAGAAAUCAACUCAUUUGGCUUUAGAGGCGAAGCACUUAGUUCUUUGUGCGCUCUAUCCAAACUUGUAGUCUCAACAUGCACUCAAGAAGAAACUCCAACGGGUACCAAAUUGGAAUAUGAUUCACAUGGAAGGCUCAUAAAAAAGUCUCCAAUAGCUCGAGAGCGAGGCACGUCCGUAUUCUUACAAGGACUUUUUGAACCGGUUCCAGUUCGACACCGUGAAUUUAAAAAGAAUAUUAAGCGAGAAUUUGGCAAAGCACUAGUAUUAUUGCAAGCUUAUGGUAUCAUUUGCGAAAAUGUUAGAAUUUCUUGUACAAAUCAGUUAAAUAAUAACGCAAAAACAAGAGUGUUAACUACAAGUGGGAACAAUGACUUAAGAGAUAAUAUCGCAAAUAUAUUUGGUGCCAAGACAUUAACUCAAAUAAUACCAUUGAACAUAAAUAUGAAUGUCAAACGAGAUAUGAGAUUGCAAAAAAAUGAAUAUGAUGAAAGUGAAGGAUAUACUGCUCAUAUUGUUGGUUAUAUUUCUAAACCUAUGAAAGGAUACGGCCGUGGAAGCAAUGAUAGGCAAUAUUACUUCAUUAAUGGUCGUCCAUGCAAUUUACCAAAAAUGGCGAAAGCUGUUAAUGAGUUAUAUAAAAGUUUUAACACUCACCAGUAUCCUUUUGUUGUUAUUGAUUUUCGACUUGCGAAAUCUUCGUAUGAUGUUAACGUCAGCCCGGAUAAAAGGACAAUAUUUAUACAUAACGAAAUCAAAAUAGUAGAGAUAGUAAGGGAAGAAUUAAAUAAUGUUCUGGAACCAUUUCGGUCUACUUUCGCGUAUUCUAAUGUUGGAGGCGUGCAGUUGUCAAUAGAAGAAAAUGUUUUAUGUCAUGGGAAUUCAAAGAAGGAGAUUUCUUCACAAAACAAAAAUGCCCAAUAUAGGAGUGGAAUUUUACUUGUGCAAGACAGAGAUGAUGGUAUAGUCAGGCUCAAUAACAUUCAAAGCAACGAGAGCGUUAAAAGUGAAGAGUAUAAGUUUGCGAAUUGUACUACUCAAUCAGAGGGAAGUGAAGUUCAUGUAAUGAAAAAGCUAAAGAUUUCUGCUGAAAAAUCAGAGAUUGUUAGUUCUCCGAAAAAAAAUCUAUCACAAUUAUUAUCUUCAAAUACGCCGAAAAAAAGAAAUUAUAUUAUUAAACCAAUUGAUACCUACUUAGUUAAUGACCGGAAGGAUUCUUUCAAUGUUUCAGCGUCUAUAUCAUGUGAUGAUAAACAUCGCGGUGAAAACGUUGAUAAAGCUGAUAUCGAAGAAGAGGAGCAAAUGGAAAUGAUCGUCGAAGAUUUUGUUGAGGUUCUUGAAGAUGAUAUGAACGAUUCUAAUAAAGGUGUUAUCAUAGCCGAUGAUAAGAAUGCUUUUAACAAGAAUCUCAUAAUCUCUAAAGAGGAUAAUAAAAUUUUGAGUUUUUCAAGUAAGACACUUGAUCUAGAGACUGUUAUGAUAGAGAGUGAUUACGAAAGACAAGACAUUGAGAUACCAUUUGAUAUUCGAAGAUAUAAAUUGAUUGAUACAAAUCAGCAAGAUUUUUGCAAGUAUAAAUAUAAAAAUAACGAUCGCGAUACACAUUUAAAUAAUUCCGGAAUCGAUACUCAAGAUAAUGAAGUUGCUGAAAGAGAACUCAGUAGGGUUAUAUUGAAAAGAGAUUUCGGCUUGAUGGAAAUUAUAGGGCAAUUCAAUCUCGGAUUUAUUAUUGUUAAAUUGGAUAAUUCUAAUUGUAAUGAUUUGUUUAUUAUUGAUCAACAUGCAUCUGAUGAGAAAUAUAACUUUGAAAAUUUACAACAUCAUACUAAAAUCCAAUCUCAAAGACUUAUCAGUCCAAGAAAGUUAGAUCUUACUGCAGCAGAGGAAUUAAUUGCAAUAGAAAACUUAAAAAUCCUACAAGCGAAUGGAUUUGAGUUGGAUGUAGAUUACAACGCAUCUCCCACUAAUAAAUUAAAAUUAUUGGCGCAACCGAUGAGCAAAGAUAUAAUAUUCGGAGUUAAGGAUUUAGAAGAAUUAAUAUUUCUAUUAUCUGAACGACCGGGAGAAAUGGUACGUUGUUCACACAUCAGAAAUAUGUUUGCGUCUAGAGCUUGUCGCAAAUCUAUAAUGAUUGGAGAUGCAUUAAGUCGUCAACAAAUGGGAAAGAUUGUAAAACAUAUGGGUGAUAUUGAUCAACCAUGGAAUUGUCCUCACGGUCGACCAACCAUGAGACACCUUUUUGAUUUGUCAAAGGCACGAAGUUCUCAACCAUAUACAAUGCGUCCUAAAAGCAAUCAAAGCAAUUUAUACAAAUUGUUUAGAAAUACAUGUAAUAGUUAAUUAUUAGCUUUCAUAACAUUAUUUUAUUUGGUGAUAUUAGCACUGAAAUAUUAACUUUAGCACCAAAGUAUUAUAAUAUAAAUCAGUCAUUAAAAUUAAAAAAAUUAAGAAAAUCUUUUUUUAGCAGUAU